AUGCAAGAUACAACUUGUGAAACCUUAAACCACAUCAACAAAGAAAUCAAGAAGGAGUACACAUCUCUCCGCAACCGGCUGCGCAGUAUCCUUUGUGACAAUAAGUUUCUGCUUGAAGAGGUGCUAGGAUGCUUCAGUGGGCUUCCGCUGGUCCCGAAUGAGCGUUGCGGACUCUGGUACUGCAGCCCAGAGAUGUACGAAACAACGUGCUACUUUAAAUCAACCGACGGGCACGUGAACGGCUGGGACUUUAGUGUCCGGCGCCUCAAUUUCCACCUGCUGCCGCUGCUUGCAGAGAGAAGCGGGGCCAUCAUCGUCGAUAGUACGCGGCGCGGCAAGAAAAUACCAGACGCGCUAAGCAAGACAAUUCCGAUAUGGUGUGCGGUCCUCAACACCCUCAUCCUGGAGCAUACGGAGGGCAGUGGGGAAGUCUUGUUUUGUCCCCCGGGCACGGUAUCGCAGUUGGAGUACAACCGCAUCCAGGCCAAAUUGCCGGAGCUGGUGCAGAAACUGAAGCGAGUGGAUGCAAUCAGCGGUGCCGAGCUCUGCUCUCUUCUGGGAGGCAGGCUCCUGCGGCCAUUUUGGGUCUACCCAGGCGCCGCCAUGCUAGGGACUACACGCGAUCUCUUCACUGGGGAGUCCCUGCAGGAGCCCUGGCAACCACCACCCGGGGUUAUACCGCUGAUUCUGUGUACCGCCAGCCGACAGUGCCAGGAUGGCGUAGACAAAAGCCAGGGCUAUGCCUACGUCCAGGGAGCCGCUGACGACCACGAACUCUGGGCUAACGGUCUCACACCGUCAUUGUUUUGGGCCAAUGUCCAGCUGCUGGCCGACGAUUCCAUGCCUGAGCAACUGCUGCAGGGACACGUUGAGCGCAUUGUAGAAUUGCACAAAAGCACACACACGGAAGCCGUGGCACAUGAGCUGCCGUGCCGCGAAACCGAUGUGGUUACCGAACACCUGCGGCUCGGCUCGGUGGCCCCGUGCCAGAUCUCGGACAAGCAGGCCGAGUUGCUCGAACAGCAAUACUCGUUGGUAGUACUAUGUGGCUCAUCUAUUGAGCUGUCGGCCGCCGCCCCACAUCCACGUAUCCGCAUUUAUCCGUUGAACAGCGGAUGCAAAAAGAGCUCUCGAGCGCUGCGUCCGGCGCUGAUUGAGAUCAUUCCGCUAAUCAGCACUGCGCUUUGUGAGGCGCUUCCUGUGCUUAUUUGCUGCAGCUCGGGCAGCGAUAUAUCCGUGGGGAUCGUCCUGGCGGCCCUGUGCAAGAAUUACGAUUUAGAAUGGCGUCACGAGGACCAGAAAGACAUGACCAAGACAAUAAUCAAAAAGCACCUUAUAAAGCUGACCUCUAAGAUACACGGACGGAUCAUCAAUCCGUCGAGAACCACACUGAACAGUGUGAAUGCCUUCCUGAUGUGA